AUGGGGAAUCAGAAGGUGAAGUGGACGGUAGAGGAAGAGGAAGCCCUAAAGGCGGGAGUAGUGAAGCACGGCCUCGGCAAGUGGAAGAACAUUCUCAGAGAUCCUCAGUUCGCUCCCUAUCUCAGUAAUCGUUCUAAUAUUGACCUUAAGGACAAGUGGCGGAACAUGUGUAUUAGCUAUGGACAGUGCUCUAGAAAAAAAUUGAAGGCUUCUAGAGUAAAAACAAUUUCAUCUGAGGCUCUCUCCACUCUCACCACGGGAAACUUAGUUGCCGAGGUUGACGCUAUUGAUGAUUUUUCCGGAAGUCCACAGGACGUUAGAGAUGCUCCAGGAUACAAAACCAUGAUAUUUGAAGCACUUUCAUCCAUCAGAGACUCCAGUGGAUCCAAUAUUGAUGAUAUCGUGGGAUUUAUUGAGCAAAAGCAUGAAGUGCCACAAAAUAUCAGACGAAUACUGAGUACAAGGCUGAGGAGACUUGUCUUGCAAGGAAAACUUGAGAAGGUCCAGGACCGCUACAAGAUCAAAGAUGCAACUUUGGGGACGAAAACACCUAUGCCAAAACAAAAAGACAUCUCCGCUGAAACAGUGGAAGAUGCUGCUAUGACUGCUGCCUACAAGAUUGCGGAUGCAGAAGAUAAAUCGUUCGUGGCAGCAGAAGCAGUUAAAGAGGCUGAAAGGGUCUCAACAAUGGCCGAAGAUGCAGAUUCAUUUCUGUUGCUUGCGAAUGAGAUUUUUGAGAAAUGUUCGAGAGGUGAAACCAUUCGCUUGGCAAAUUCAUCCUAUAAUUUUGAUUAA